GCCAUUCAGUAGUUUCAGAAUGGAGUACUACGGAAUAUAGCCAUUUUCGUGGUACAUUCUCAACAGCAAUCUUCACAGGUACCUUGGCGUCAGAAUGCGCAUAGAGUCCAGGAGCAGGAAAUACAUUUCUCCGAAACAUCGGCAACUUUAUAACAGGAAAUUCCAAUUAAUUUCAAGAAAUUGUAUUUUGUUGGGUACCUUCAGAUACGUUAAUUCGUUGACCAAUGACAAAGUGACAGCGCAAGUGUGACACCUGUGAAAUGACUAAAUGCAACAAAAAAUGGGAGAUGUUGGAGCUUUUAC